UCCUCGUGCGAGCCACUGGCGGAUUGAAUAAUAAAAAUUCACGGAAUUCAUUUCAUCGUGUGAAUAUGUUUCGUGAUAAAUUUAUAACUCUCACUUUUUUUGCAGUGCAUCUGCUUGGGAUUCAAGCAAAGCUUAAUGUGUAUUUUGAGAAUUUUUAUGUCGAUGAAGUUGAUUCGAACUACAUUCGAGAUGCUGAAGUUGACAUCAACACCGACAGUGAAUAUGAUAAUACCAUUUUCGUAAAUUUUACGAUUGUAAAUCCAUUACCGAAGACAACAAAAGCGUAUUUGGAAGUGAUUGGUAUGUCAAUGGGAGAAUUCGUAUUGCCGACUGGUCUAUUUUUUGACAUGGACAUGUGCAGUUUGGAUGAUGAACCUGUACUACUCGGCCCCUUCUUCGAUUCUCUCGGCUUCACCUCGGAAAAUUGCCCACCAGAAAAUGGAGUCUACACUUCGCUUCAUUAUGAAGUACCCACGGACGAACUUCCGUCGGAGAUACAUACUAACAAGUACAAAAUAAUUUUCAAAUUUGCCGACGACGGAAAAACAAUUAUCAGUCUCAUCUUCAUCACAGAAAUCCAAUAGCCUCGAUUAUUUCAUUAAUUUUCACUCGUGUCUAACUUGUAAUUGUAAUGAUCGUAAAAAAAUAAUUCCCUAAGUUUAAUUUCGUUAAUUUGUUGAGAAUCUUCUUCACAUAAUUUAAUUAAAUUAAUGGACUAAUAAUAGAAUUAAAACAAUUCUUCUUAAUCUAGAAGUAAUUUCAAAUUUUCAUGCACUUGAUGGUAAUGAUUAAUAAUUUAUUAUAUUUGUUGGCAAAUGAGCGAAUAAUUAAUCCGUAUGAAGUUAUUUGAAGGGAAGAGAGGAUCAUCGCAAGAAAAAUGUAAAAAUGUAAAAGAAUAACAGGAUGUGGCUAAAAGAUUAUUUUUUGAAUGUAUCCUCCGUGUUUUGGAGGUGUGACCCGGGCACAAACAUAGUCCGGUGAUAAAAAAAAUAUUUCAAAUGAAGAAGAAGAGAAGAUGUGAAAAACAUAAUGGAGGGGACGAGUGAAAAGGAGCAUCCCCUGGGACUGGGGGUAACAUAAUGAAAACCGACGGCCUCCUCUUGUCAGUCUAGGAGUGAACAAAGCCAGUGGUACACAAACUGCUCGACAGCUUCUGUCAUCUAGCGAAAGCCUUUCUCCAACCCUCUCAUUUCCAAAAAAAAAAAUAAAAAAGAAUAAUUUUCCUGCCAUUAAAAUUCGAAUA